AUGAAGAUUUCCAGCAGGAAAUUUUUCCUCCUUUCAUUUUUCAUAUUACUUUUCUUAGGUGAUACAGUAUCAUGCUGGAGUUUCUCUCGAGCUAACAAGGAAUCUUUAUUUGGCUCCAAAAGGCUUCAAUCAAAGUCUAUCCUUCCAUUAGAAGGAGUACUACAAAGUGAUACUUAUUCGACCUUAGAUAAUUUAUACCCAAGUCUAUCCAGCUCUAUUUUAAAUGUGGAAUUAGAAAAUGCGAAGGUUGAACCAACACGAAUAUCUGAACAGAAGGGCAGUACCGAUGUCAAUAACCAACAAUACGGCGAACCAUUGAAUUCAUUGACACAUCCAUCCCUCAGUAGGAGAUCUAUAGACAAACUUUCUUUGACUAAUAUCCUUAUUGCUGCGGAUAUUGAGGGAGGUUUACAUGCAUUGAAUAGAGAAACUGGUAAGGUUCUUUGGUCAAUUGAUGCAUUACAAUUUCAACCAUUGAUUGAUAUAAAAGAGCCUCCAAGAGAACGUACAAAUGAAAUAUUAAUCGUAGAACCAUACGGAGAUGGUAACAUUUAUUAUUUCAACGUACAUCAAGGAUUACAGAAAAUACCAGUUUCUAUAAGCCAACUAAUCGCAACUUCUCCAAUGCACUUGAAAACUGAUAUUGUCAUUGAUGAACUAGGAAACUACAUUGAGGAUGAAAAGAUUUAUACAGGGUCGAGAAAAACUAUUAUGUAUAAUUUAAACAUUUUGAAUGGAGAAAUAUUGUCCACCUUUGGUUCAGGAGCAGAAAAUAAGAAUUGUGAUAACAUCCUAAACAAUUCCAUUGAUAAUUUGAAAAUUGGUAAAACAGUAUAUCAACUAGGAAUCCAUUCAAAAGAUGGUUCCUCUUAUAACGUCACUUACGCAGCCUGGCAACAAAAUUUCUUAGACAUUCAUUUGGGAGCAGAAAAUUCCAUAUCUAAAGAUGGGAUUUAUAUAGCACCUUUCAGGGAUAAAUCACUACUUGCUAUCGAUUCUAAUUUCAAAAUUGCGAAGUGGGUAUCGCCCGAUUUUCCAGGAAUUAUUAUAGCAGUCUAUGAUGUAUUUUAUGACACAAAUUCUAAAGAAAAUUUGAUUGUUCCUCAUCCCUUUCAUACGUUAGAUAAAACAAGCGCUGAUUUGCAUAAUGUGUAUCUUCAACAAACGGAAAAUCGUUCCUGGGCAGCAUUGUCAAACGACAACUUCCCGUCCUUAGUUAGAGCAGCACCGAUUUCUAAAUAUGCCUCUAGUGAAAGGUGGAGAGUUUCUUCUAUAUUUGAAAAUGAGGAUUUGUUUAAGACGGCUGUCACAGGUGUACAUACUUUGAAGAAUGUUGAAUAUGAACAAAUGGUUGAGAGUCAACCGGAGCAAGUAGUACAAGGUCUCCCUUACAAGUCAGCCUUAUUACUCGAACCAACAGCGAAUGCUCUGGCCGUCGAAUUAAGAGAUGAAAAAAUGCAAGCAUUAGAAAGAUAUAUUUCUCCGGAGGAAAUAGAAGCGUAUAGAGUUAAAGUUCAAGAACAAAUUACUAAGGAACUAUUGCAGCAAAGCCAACAACCGUUUUUACACCAAUUUGGUAAUUUCAUAUACAAAAUUGUUGAAGGUGGAUUAAUUUUUUAUUAUCUUAUUUUUUUGGGAGUCCUACAAAAAAUCAAGGUGAUGCCUCCAUUACACAUUUUAUUGGAAAAAGCAGGUCUUUUCCCAGCUGAAGAAUUAUCUAUUCAGAAUGUUGAAAUCAAUGAAGACAAAUUGAAUGAUCAAGUUAAUAUAAGUGAUAAUGUUUCAGAUGAUAAAUCAAGUAAUCAUGAGCAAACCAGCUUAUCUAAAAAUGCUAACAAUUACUCAAUCUUACAUCAAGAUAAUCCUGAAAUAGAAAAUAUGGAAAAUGAUCAUGAACCACAUACUAAUGAAAAAGAAAAAAGAAAAAGAGGUUCCAGAGGUGGUAAGAAAAAUAAGCGGAAACAGUCCGAGACGACAGAACUACUCGAAUUUGAGCACGAUCUUAAAAAUCUUGUUGUUACCGACAAGAUUCUUGGUUAUGGGUCUUCAGGUACAAUUGUCUUCCAAGGAACUUUCCAAGGUAGACCAGUGGCAGUAAAAAGAAUGCUAAUAGAUUUUUGUGAUGUUGCAUACCGUGAAAUUAAAUUAUUGACCGAAAGCGAUGACCAUGCAAACGUAAUUAGAUAUUACUGUUCAGAAACUACCAAAAAAUUUUUAUACAUUGCAUUAGAACUCUGUACGGCUACAUUACAAGAUUUGGUUGAGUUGAAACAACCUUCUUAUGGGCUAAGAGAACUUCAAAGGGAAUCAAAUCCAAUAAAUAUCAUACAACAAAUAGCAUUAGGCGUCGCACAUCUGCAUUCGCUAAAAAUAAUUCAUAGAGAUUUAAAACCUCAAAAUAUUCUAGUUGGAACUACAAAAAGGUACAUUGCUGGCCAUGAAACCGAUAAGGAAAUACUAAGAAUGUUAAUUUCAGAUUUUGGUCUGUGCAAGAAGCUGGAUACCGAUCAAUCUUCUUUUAGAACUAAUAUGAACAAUCCUGCGGGUACUACAGGAUGGAGGGCACCAGAACUAUUGAAUGAAUCUGCAACCAAAAUAUUGGAAACCAUAAAUGAAAAGGGGGAUAUGAUCGUAGAUCCCGCCAGUACUAACUCAGUUACUUCCACAGAUUCUUUUUACGACCCAUUUACUAAACAGAGGUUGACGAGAGCUAUUGAUAUCUUCUCCUUAGGUUGCAUUUUCUUUUAUGUAUUAUCUAGGGGUAAUCAUCCUUUCGGAGACAAAUACAUUCGUGAGGCAAAUAUCAUUCAAGGAAAAUAUGACUUAAGUGCCUUAAGGAAAAGCCUUAGGGACAGGUCUUUAGUCAUUGAAGCGACAGAUUUAAUCUCAAAAAUGAUUGACAACGAUCCAAGGGCUAGACCAGCGGCUGAUGAUGUUUUGAAGCAUCCGCUAUUCUGGCCAACAUCCAAGAAAUUAUCAUUUUUAUUAAAAGUGAGUGAUAGAUUUGAAGUAGAAAGGAGAGAUCCACCCAGUGAAUUACUUUUGAAGCUCGAAAGUGUUUCAAAAAAUGUCAUUACCAAUGCUGAUUGGUCUUCGAAAUUCGAUAAAUCCUUUCUGGACAAUUUGGGAAAGUACAGAAAAUAUAACAUGGAUAAAUUGAUGGAUCUUCUACGGGCUUUAAGAAAUAAAUAUCACCACUUCAUGGAUUUACCUGAAGACUUAAGCGAAAUCAUGGGUCCUAUCCCAGAUGGCUUUUAUGAUUAUUUCAGUAAAAGAUUUCCUAAUUUAUUGAUGGAAAUUUACCAUAUUACCAGGGAAGUUCUGGAAGAUGAUCAAAUGCUUAAUGAAUUUUUUUGA